CUGCUCCUGGUGGCGCAACCGUCUUGUGGCUUGUCACCCUGGGGAUCCUAAGGAGGAUGCGUGGCUUUGCAGAGGCAUUUCCAGGGUUGCGGGUGGAGGGUGGAGUGAAAGCUUAGAAGGCUUUGGAAAACCAGCCGAGGCCAUGAGGGUUCUUCUGAGCCCUGGGAUGGGGAAGGGAAGAGGAAUGCCACCUCUCUUGCCAAGGACAGCAGGAGGAGGAGGAGGAGGAGGAGGACCACAGGGAGGCGGCUGCCUGCCAAGGCGCUCGGCAGUGGGACUGCGCUGGUUUCUUUAAUGAAAGCCAGUAUUUCUUCCGAGAGCUGACCCAGCCUCCAGUGACUGAAAUCAAUAAAACCAGUCGGGCGAGGGGCCCGGGUGGGGGAGGACACCCCCCCUCCGCCACUUCUCCAUUCUCCACCAGUUUUCCCUUGGCUUGGCUUCCCACUUUCUCCUCUCCAGGAAAAGUUGAAACUCCGAUAAACUAGGUGCUUUUUGCCUGAGCUGCAAAGAUUUUCUCUCCCCCACCUCUGGUUUUCCUACCUCCGCACCCCCCCCCUUUUCAACAUUUUAUUUUCGCUUGACUGAAGGUUUGGUAAGAGGAACAGCCUUGCUGAACUCCCCGUCCGGCAAAACUCCCUUCCUUCCUUCCUUCCUUCUCCUUUUUUUUGGGUCUUUCUUUUUUUUUGAAAGCAAUGAAAGAAUUGUUUUGGAAGCAGGAACCUGCCCAAGUGGAGACCUCUCCGGAUGCCUUCCUGACCUGACCCUACUUUUUGGGAGCAAGCUUUAAAAAAUAAUAAUAAUUAUUAUUAAAUAAAUAAAAACAAAAGGAUUGGGGAGGGAAGGAGGAAAUGAAAUCCGGUUUAGAGCUGGGGAGGAAGGGGAAAAAAAACCCAAAACAAAACAAGAGAAACCACUAUUGAAGAGAUGAAGGAAGGGAGAUGUGGGGGAUUUUAUUGCCUGGAAAAAAUUCGCAGUUGCUGAUGUGCUGAAUGCUAAAAUGGCUGCAGAAAUGCACUGGAGGAGCUGAUUCGGCCCCAAAGGCAGAGCAAGAAAACCACCCGGUGUUAAGAGUUCAAUCCUUGUUCUUGCUAUGCAACAUCACAACUAAACUUCAGCAUGGCAAAUGGAGAAGCAAAAACGUUCCCACCUGAGGCCAAGCGGUCGCUGGAUCCCAUCGCUUUGAAGCAUGGCGAUGCUCGCCAGGAUGGCUUGCUUUAAGGCAGGGGCGUCCCACCUUGACCUGUGGACUUCAACUCCCAGAAUUCCCUGGCCAGAUGUGGAGCAGGGGUGUCCAACUUUGGCAACUCUUAAGACUUGUGGACUUCAACUCCCAGAAUUCCCCUGCUCAAGCAGAAGACCCCCAUGCCAUUCCAGACAUUUCUUCCUAAAAGAAAAGCUGGUAACCAGCAGAAAAGACCGCCCUGGUCUCGGGAACAUCAUUAUGUGGAGCUGUGAAGCCCUCAAUGGCUCCAAAAACACCGAGGACCAGAAUCUGUGCCACGAUUUUCAUCUGGUCAUUUCCAUUUUCUCUUUACUCUACCUCGUCAUCUGUUUCCCCAUCGGCCUUUGUUAUAAUGGGCUCUUGGUCGUGGUCAACCUGUGCAACAAAGCCACGAUGACAAUGCCAGAUGUCUACUUUGUCAACAUGGCCAUCGCUGGCCUCAUCAUCAACGCCAUCGCCCCCAUGUACCUGCUGGGACCUACCAGCACCAAGUGGGCCAUCUGGAAUUUCAACAACGAAGUCUACAUCACCUUGCUGAUUCUAUUCAAUGUCUCCUCCUUGGUGAUCAUGUACUCCAUUGCCUUGCUCAGCCUGGACUACUACAUCGAGCGGGCUCUGCCCAGGACUUACAUGUCCAGCGUGUACAACACAAAGCACGUCUGCGGGUUCAUCUGGGGAGGGGCCAUGCUGACCAGCUUCUCCUCUCUCCUCUUCUACAUCUGCAACCACGUCUCCACCAAAAUUAUCGAGUGCUCCAAGAUGCAGAACAAAGAAGCUGCGGAUGCCAUCAUGGUGUUCAUCGGUUAUGUCGUGCCGGCCGUCGCCGUGCUCUACGCGCUCGUGCUGAUCUUGCGGAUACGUAAGGAGGCCACACCGCUGGACCAAGACACUGGAAGACUGGACUCCUCCGUGCAGAGGCUUCUGAUCGCCACCGUUUGCACCCAGUUCACCCUGUGGACACCUUACUACGGGACCCUGAUGGUCAGCACGCUGGCCGCCAUGCAAGGCAAAGCGGUGGAGGAGAGCUACGGCCGGGCCUUGCAUUUCACAAAGGGGCUCUCCAAAUUCCUGGCUUUUUCCAGCAGUGUUAUCCUGCCUUUGCUCUACCGGUAUCUCAGCAAAAACUUCCCGGGGAAACUGCAAAGGCUGCUGAAAAAACUGCACUGCGGGAAACAGCCGUGUUCGCACGAACGCACAGUGGUUCAGCAAAUUGUCACGUAGGUAUGGAGGAACGCUGGUGGGUGCCGGGGCGCCGACCGGAGUCUGGAGGUUGCUGCCGAGUGAGACGGGCGCGCGAACGUCAGUGCCUCGCCGUCCUAGGCCUACCCAGGUAGCGACUCUGUGGAGGAAACUGUUGGGAAUCCUGUCUGUGGGUUAAAAAUCGUGGCUUGGUUCCAUGAAUUUCAAUGCACUGAGUCGGUUUUGCAGGAUAAGCUUUGUUUUAGCAAUCUUGUGUGAAGAAAAAACAAAAAAACAAAACCCACAGCAGGCUUUUUGACCGAACACCUAGCACUUUGUAAUCUUGUAGAGUUUAAAACGAAAAAGAGGUAUUUUUAUGUUUUCGUAUAAAAGAAUAUGAAUUUUAAAAUUUACAAAGCAGUUUUAUGUCAAGGUUGGAGCAGCAACCUUUUCAGUUAGGAUAAUUAUCCAUUAAUAAUCAUGCUGAUCAAAUUGUGUAACAGCCCUAGUACGAUACUAAAUUUUUUUCCUAAUCUGCAAAGUUAGAAUUUAAACAAAAUCUUCACUUCUAACUCUGAAGGUUUGAAGGUUUCUCUUCGAACGCAGUUGUGUUUUCCUCCAUUUACAAACAAACAGAAAAAUGGGUUUCCCCCAUUUUCUUGACUUUACACUGUAAAAGCAUUUCAAGCAACCAAAAGGAUGUAAUUUUGCAGGAAUUGUAGGAUGUUGCUAUGUCUAGUAAAAUGAAGGACAGUUUAAGAUGAAGUCAAGCUUAAGGUGCCAACGAAAAACCCAGUUGCAUUAAAGGAAAGGGCCCCUCCUGAAUCACUCGCAAAUAUUCCUUAAGACGUACAACUUUCUUUUCAUGGCUGAAUUAAAAGCUGGUUCAAAGGGACGGAAGAGAUAACACAAUGGUGUGAAGGCACACAGGGAACAACAAGGAUUUCUUAUAAUUCUGGCCCUUGUUUUUAUCCUGCUUUGGAUUUUAGUUCUCUCCCUACUCAGUAGUGCCAUGUCUCUUCUGUCCCUUUGGUUGGACCUAACAGCAAGCUAGCAUGAAGAAGUAGUCUAGACUAGGCUACCAAAAGCCAUAUAUACCAUGUCAUCCUACGAGCACAUAAGGACAAUGUUUUGUAUCUGCUCCACCCCAUCAUCACAAGAAAAGCUGUCCAAGAGGUUGGGAGAUCCUCCAGAGGUCACCACAUCUUAGAACAAAGAACUGGAAAAGGGGUGAGAAACAUAUCUAGAUGUUCAGAUGGCCUCCAACACAGGGCAACUUCUUUUCAGUUUAACUGGCUGCCUCCUAGGCAUAACAGAAUAAAACAGUUGGAAGGGACCUUGGAGGUCUUUUAGUCUGCCCGCCCUGCUCAAGCGGGAGGCCCUGUACCAUUCCAGAUAAAUGGCUGUCCAAUCUCUUCUUGAAGACCUCCAGCGAUGGAGCACCCACAACUUCUGAAGGCAGGUUGUUCCACUGAUUAAUUGUUCUCACUGACAGGAAGUUUCUUCUUAGUUGUAGGUUGGUCCUCGCCUUGUUUAGUUUCCAUCCGUUGCUUCUUGUCCUGCCCUCCUGCUUUGCAGUAUAAGCCCCCUCUUCUUUGCGGCAGCCGCUCAAAUAUUGGAACAUAUUCUCCAUGUUCCUCGGCUGAAAGAGAUGAUGAGAGUUGAAGUCCCAACUCCACUGGAGGUCACCAAGUAGGGGAGAAAGAGUAAAUGAAGUGGUUUUGCUUCUCCAGAGGUGGGGUCAGAUCAGGAAUUUUGGAUUUUUUUGAGCUGGCUGGUCUGCUCCUACCAAGCUGCCGUUCAUAACAAUCGUUAUUUGCGCCACCUGACAUUUUGGCUGGGACACAGGAUCUCAGAGGUGUAGACUUGUAAAACAAAUAGCUAAGAGGCCUUGAGGGCUGAACUGGGAGGUUAUCGGAGUUAAGACACUAAUUUAGCCUAGGGAGUCACCACAAAAGUCUAAUUUAGUGGAGGGAGUUGCCAAGGUUCUCUUCAGGUAAAGAAGAAAACAAUAGCUCAUAUGUUUACCAGGCUGCAAGGAGUCUUUGGCUUAGCCGAAGUCUGAUUAGUCAUGCCAUCUAGGUCAGGGGUCUCCAACCUUGGCAACUUUAAGCCUGGCGGACUUCAAUUCCCAGAAUUCCCCAGCCAACUUUGCUGACCAACGCUUCUGAAGACAUUUUCCGUGGUUAUGUGGCCAACAUUGCUAGACGCUAAGGGCGCAUGUAAUGCUGUUGCCUUCCCACCGAAAUGGUACCUAUUCAUCUACUCGCAUUAGCUUUCAAAACUGCUAGGUGCACAGGAGCUGCGGCAAGAAACAGAAGCUCAUCCUGUUGCGCGUCGGGUCUCAAACCCAGGCCAUCAACUUUCCAGCUGACAAGGUCAGCAUCUUUAAUCACUAAACCAUCAUGCCCCUCUCUGUAACUAUACUAUACAACUAUAUUAUAACUCCCAUAAACCCAACAGGCGCAGACUUCAUUAGUUCACCUUACCACUCACAAAGGCCCUAACUUCUCUGUCCCUCGAAACCUCUCUGGGCCAUCCUAGUUUCUUCAGACCGAAGAAAGUUAGUUUCUCGUUUCUCUUUCAACGGACAAUGUCUUUGGCUUAUUUCAGGCUAGAUUAAAUUAUUUGGAUCUUUGAGUCCCUGCAGGAUUUCUUACCAGCCAUCAACAUUGGAUAUAAAUUCAGCGAUGUGACUUCCUCUUUCCCAAACUAAGCAUUCCUAGGUCAAAAGACAAUUCGAUGUUUUGUAAAACAAGAAACAAAAAACCAGGAGCUAAAUGCUCAUGCCUUAUUUAAUGCCAUCUCCACAUUAUUAAUAUCUUGCACAUCUACAGCCACUUCAGUUCAAAACAUCUACACAUUUCUUCCCAAAUCUUACUCAUUGCUAAUAUCUUAAGAGGCGUGCCUUUUCCCAUUAAAACUGAGUCAGUAUUAGAGGGAAGGAAAAAAU